UGAAAACUCACCAUAAAACUGAGUUUGACGCAGAACGACUGUAAGGAUUAAUUUCUAAGCACACAGCAUGGCAUGGGAAAAUGAGAACAACUAUUAUCAAAUGCAAGUUUGGAACCAGGAUCCACAAAGCGUUCAGAUUAUCCAACAGCCUGUACCACAACAACCAACAGCAAUUAUACAGCAGCUUCCAUCAGCGAUGUACCCUGCAGUGUCUCCUGUCCAACCAGGCCAUGUCAAAGAAGAUUUAGUAGAACUGAUGAUGAUUCAGAAUGCCCAAAUGCACCAGGUCAUAAUGAACAACAUGACCAUGUCUGCUCUGAAUGCCUUUGGGUAUUCACAGUCAACUCCACAGCCUCCCCCAGAGCCUCCUAGAUACCCUAUAAUUGUGGAAGAGGAGUAUCCAGAGCCUGUUUAUCACCAUCACUAUGAGCCCUUUCCUUCUUACGCCUCCUGGGCUCAGGUGCCACAGCAACCACAGAAUUACCAGGAUGCUAGUAUGCAGCAUGUGGAUCCUGUAACUUCUCCUAACAAAGACAUGAGAGCAGUUCCACCUCCACCUCCCCCGAGUGCUACUGGUACAGUAGGAGCUGACAUACCGCCGGCUGCAGAAUAUUAUGAUGCAACAGAAGACAGGAUAUGAUCCUGUGAUCCUGGGUGGACAACACCAGCCGAUACAGGCCCGUUGUUGAAGUGAAUUGUUAAGAUUACCACACUUGUAGCGCACAUGCUAGAAAUGGUUGUCACAUUUGGAACAAAGUUUAUAGGCCACGAUUUUUUACUAAAACCAGAUCUUUUUAUUUCUUUAUAUCAGUGGAGCCCAGAUCUGGUCCUCAUAUACUGCUGUUCAGCAGGUUUCAGAGGUCCUUCUAAAUCUCCAGCUACUUAUGAACACAGAAAAGCUUUAAUUGGUCCAAUUCAGCAAAAUAAUAAGUUCAAUCUGGUAAUUAAGGUUUGGAAGGAAAACCAGAAAUCUUCUUGGCCCUUCAAGACCAGAGCUGUGUAAUUCUGUUUUAUAUCAACUUUUCCACUUUAAUGUAACAAUUCCACUUCAGGUUUCUUGUGACCAAGUCAGGCAUGGCUCAGGUCUCAGUUUCUGGCAGAUCAAAUCGAGAAAUUGAAUUCUACAGUCAUGAUUUUAGUUCUAUGAACUGCCUACAGUCUUCUUCUAUGAAUUACUGUUUGGUAAGGGAUCUCAAGGUGUGAACUUUCACAACACACCUUCACAGAUGAUCCCCUUGCAGAUCUAUAUACAGUAUAUUAAAGUAUAUACUGUACAUACAGUAUGUAAUGUGCAUAGAUAUGUGUGAUUUUCAUAGAUAUAGUUUCUGAAGGAUUUAAAUUUUUAACUCUAGAUAUAAGUUACAAGCACCACACAAAGAGCAUUAAUGUACUUUAAAUGAAGUGCAUACAGAUUCAAGACU